GGCGCUACCGUCUUCUCGAGGAGGAAGAAGAAGAAGAAGAAGAAGAAGAGAGAGAGAGAGGAGAACACCUGAAACCCUAACCCUAGCGAGGCAAGAGGGGAGGGGAUGGCGAAGAAGCUCGGGAAGAAGGCGCGCAAGUUCGCGCGCAAGCACCUCCAGUCCGCCGCCAAGCGUAACCGCAAGCAGCGCUCGCAGUUCGCCCGCCGCCCUCGCAGAGGUGGGAGCGGUCGCGGGAACGAGCGCGAUGGCGAUGGCGAUGACGAGAUGCCGCAGCGAGCAAUCGAUAACGUCAUGAACAACGGUGAUGCUGCAGCUUUGGUUAAUGGCCUAGAGUUCCCGGAAGAUGAAUGUGAAUUAAACAGUGAUCUGUCUGAUAGUGAUGGUUAUCUUUCAGAGGACUCUGAAUGUCUAUAUUAUUCUGACAGUGAGGAUGGCAAUGCUGUCAAUGAUUGUUUUGUCCAAGAUGGUUUAGAUGGCGAGAAUGAUAAGAUGAAUACAGAGAUAAAAAAACAAAAGAAGAAGUUGAACAAGUUGAUGGACAAGGACCCUGAGUUUGUAAACUACCUUGAAAAAUGGCAAUCAGAGUUGAAGAGUGAUGGAAGUAAAGAGGAUUCUGAUGAAGAUGAGAUGGACUCUGUGGAUAAUGAUGCUGACUCCAGUGAUGAAAAUCUUUCAAAUGAUAAGAUACUGACAAGGAAGACUAUAAGUGAAUGGUGCCAGUUAGUUGCAAAGGAACCUAAAGCACCUUCUCUACGCAGCCUAUUAAAUGCUUACCGGGAUGCUUGUCGAUUUGGUGUUUCCAAGAGCCCUUCUGUGCAGAGAAUUCAAAGUACUGAAGUGUUUCAUCAGAUAAUAACAUUUGUCCUUUCCGAAGCAGACAACAUUUUCCAUGCUCUCUUAGAAAUUUCGGAUGAUGUAAACAAAGGGAAAAUUAUGAAUCUGAGAAGUGCAAAGAAAUGGAAAACUAUUGAACCACUCGUAAAGUCUUACUUGCAGAAUUCUCUUGAUCUGCUUAGUCAACUUACUGACAACCAAAUACUUGCAUUUGUCUUGACUCGACUGAGAGCAUCCGCAGUUCUUUUUUCUGCAUAUCCAUCAACAUCAAGGAGGCUCCUCAAGAUCUUAAUUCGUUUGUGGGCCAGUGGAGAUCAUAACUUGUCUCUGUCCUCAUUUCUUAUGAUACGGGAAGUGGCUUCGCUGUUACCAGAAUGUUUGGAUCUCUGCUUAAAUAAAUCUUAUAAUACAUACCUUGCUAGUUCCAAGCUUGUGAAUGAAGGAAAUAUAAAGCACAUUGAUUUUUUAAUGGACUGUCUAGUGGAGCUCUAUUCUCUUGAUGUUCAGAAAUCAUGUGAGAGGGCAACUACCUCUAUAGGACAACUGAAUUCUAUUCUCAGGCAGGCUUGUAAAACAAAAGAAAAGGAAGACCUCAGGAAGGUAGAUAACUGGCAAUAUAUUAACUGUGUAAACCUAUGGGUUAGGUUUCUUUGUUGUAACUACAAGGACUACAAUAUGCAUCCAUUACUUUCUUCAGUUGUUCAAAUAAUAAGAGGAGUGGCUCACUUAUUCCCAGGCACACGUUACUUACCAUUGAGACUGAGGCUUGUGCAGAUGCUGAAUGAGCUUUCUAGUUGCAGUCAGAUGUUCUUUCCAAUUCCAUCUUUGUUAUUUGAUUGCCUAGAAUUUAGAGAUACCUCUCAGAAAGAACAAGGAAAAAAAGCAAAGGUCAACUUUUCAUCACUAUUGAAGGUGCCAAAGAAUAUGCUGAAGUCAAGAGACUUCCACGAGGAGUGCAUUCUUUCAGCUAUUGAUGUUCUGUCUGCACAUUUUGCCCAAUGGUGCUAUCAUGUCUCUUUUCCAGAAGUAGCCACCAUUCCACUGAUCCUCCUGAAAAGAUUACAUGAGCAGACAACAAUUGAAUCACUUCGUCGUCCUAUUAAACGACUGAUAGACCAGGUAGACGAGAACAAGAACAUUGUAGAAAGGAAGAGAGACGGGGUCUCAUUUUCACCUAAUGAUACAACAUCAGUUGAGAGCUUCGUUCAGGACCUUCAGGCAGAGAAGAGCGGUGCAAAAAUUUCACAGUUUUACAAAAUUGUACCAAAAAAACUAAGGUAGAAAAAGAAGUGCUAUGAAAUGCGAACACACUUUUUUGGCUACCGGAUUAUCGGAAGAAGGAUGCUGGGAGCAUGAAUGUCGCACGCCAUAUCGGUCAACUCAUUUUUCUCUGGGAGAUAUUUAUGAAUCUGAGUUGAUCACCUCUUAUGACAUCAACAAUGGCAUUGCUCGAGUUGUUGAAACCGGUGAAGUGAAUGAGCCUCUUGCUGAGCAAAGUUUUGAGCGUGAAUGUUACCGUUUAUUGAUGCAUUGGGCAAUGAGCCUCUUGCUUAGCAAAGUUUUGAGCGUGAAUGUUACUAUUUGUUGAUGCAUUACUGUGGAGGUUGAGACUGUUCUUCCUGACGAAAGGAUUUUGUGAUCUACUUUUGCACAUGACUUAUGAUUUGCCAGACAAUUAUUCGAUUAGCAUUUCACUGUUUCCUUAGGCAGAUCGAUUAGGAUAUUGAAAUCAUAUUAUUGUCUAUUUGAAGGGACUGGCUGUAAUCCCUACUAAAACACAAAUUUUCAUGUACAAGAAAUUAGGUGUCGCAAAAUUUUAAGCCAA